AUGCCAAGUCAACAAGAUUCGGCUACUGUUCGAGCUGUAUGUGUUCUUAAAGGUGGUGAAAAUAAUACUAUUCAAGGAGUAUUACAUUUUGCUCAAAUGAUUGGUAUGAAUCAAAUGAAAAUAACAGGUGAAAUACAAGGUUUACCAAUUGAUCGUAAAUAUUCUAUACAUGUACAUGAAUUUGGUGAUUUAACAAAUGGUCCUGUAUCAACUGGUAAUCGUUUUAAUCCAGAAAAACAAGUUUCAAAUACAUCAAAAGAUCAAACAUCUUAUGUUGGUGAUGAAUUUGGUAAUUUACAAGUCAAUCAAGAAGGUCUAGCUAAAAUUGAUGUUAUUGAUAAACGAUUAACUUUAUUUGGUCCUUCGUCUAUUAUUGGUCGAUCAGUAGUAGUUAUUGAUGAAAAAGAAGAAGAAUUAACACGAGUUGAAACUGAAGAAAAUAAAGGAUCGACUACAGCUGGCACUAAUCGACUUGCUGUUGGUGUUAUUGGUAUUUGUCAAUGA